UUCCUCUGCUCUCUCUCUCUCUCUCUCACAUCUUUCCUCUUCCCACCUGAAAGCUUUUUCCCUCUAAUGGAGAUCACUUGGGACAAACCUAUUUCUUCAUCUCACCACCGUCACCCUUCUUUCUCCUCCACUCUCCUCGACCAAAUCUACCGCUCCAUCGACGAUUCCUCCCCUCCUCCCCUCGAAUCCAUCAAGAAGAAGAAGCAUCACCACCAACAACGUAACGCUUCUCUCCACGAGGAUCGUGAAGUUUCUCCUGUCUAUCACCGCCGCUCAAUCGCCGCUGAUUUCGAGAGAUCCAGGAGGAAGACUGACUUUCUUAGACACUCCAACUCUAACUCUUCUGAUUCAAGCGGCGGCGGUUUCUCCUCUUCCGAGUCUGAUUCCUUCUACGGACGUUCCAAAUCAUCCUCCUCUCCUCCUCCUUCCACUCGUCAACAACCGAAGCCGAUUCGAACAUCAUCCGUCGACCACACCUCCGCCGUCCAGAAACCUAAAGAACUCGGUGGCUUCUUGAGAACUAAAUCAAAAGCUUUAAAGAUCUACUCCGAUUUGAAAAAAGUCAAACAACCGAUCUCUCCCGGUGGCAGACUCGCUACUUUCCUUAACUCUCUUUUCACCAACGCCGCCGCCACUAACCCUAAGAAGCACAAGAAAACUACAACCACCGUGACCACCGUUGAAGAGCCACACUCCUCCUCCACAUGCUCCUCCGCAUCCUCCUACUCCAGGUCUUGCUUGAGCAAAACUCCAUCGUCUAGCGGCAAAUCAAAAAGAUCCGUACGGUUCUGUCCAGUCAAUGUUAUCCUCGACGAAGAUUCCUCCAUUCACAUGCCUUACGCUUAUAACAACAACAGUCUCUACGGUAGCAACGAAGCUAAACGCGACGUUAUGGAAGAGCAUCGCCGUGUUAUCGAAGCAGCCAAAGAUCUUCUGAGAACUUACCAUAAUAAGAACAAGGUUACAACGACGACGAACAUCACCAACGUAGAAGAAGAUGAUGAAGACGAUGCUGCGAGUUGUGCAAGCUCUGAUCUAUUCGAGUUGGAGAAUCUGUCGGCGAUUGGGAUUGAUAGGUAUAGAGAAGAGCUUCCGGUUUACGAAACCACUCGUCUGGAUAAUAUGAAUCGAGUCAUUGCUACUGGUUUAAUUGUAUAAUUAUUAUUAUUUUAGUUUAUAUAAUUAAUGGUUGGGGGUGAU